AUGGAAACACUAAAAUCAAUUGUUGAAGGCAGAUUAUAGAAUUGUCUUCUUUUGGAAUUUUAAGAUAAACAAAAUUAAUUGUAUCAUGAUCGAAGACAAUAAGGAGAACAAAGACCAUUCUUCAGAAAGAGGUAGAGCUGCUGUCAUUUUUUCUCUGAAGAAUGAAGUGGGAGGACUUGUAAAAGCUCUGAAACUCUUUCAGGAGAAGCAUGUGAAUUUGGUGCACAUUGAGUCCAGAAAGUCAAAGAGAAGAAACUCAGAAUUUGAGAUUUUUGUUGAUUGUGAUACCAACAGAGAACAAUUGAAUGAUAUUUUUGAUCUAUUGAAAUCUCACACGAAUGUCCUGUCUGUGAAUUCACCGGAGGCUUUUUCUAUGCAGGAAGAAGAUAUGGAGAGUGUUCCCUGGUUUCCAAAGAAGAUUUCUGACUUGGACAAAUGUGCCAACAGAGUUCUGAUGUAUGGAGCCGAGUUAGAUGCUGACCAUCCUGGUUUCAAAGACAACAUAUACCGUAAAAGACGCAAAUAUUUUGCAGACUUGGCUAUGAAUUAUAAACAUGGUGACCCUAUUCCUAAGAUUGAGUUCACUGAAGAAGAGAUAAAGACUUGGGGAACUGUGUUCCGAGAGCUCAAUAAACUCUACCCAACCCAUGCUUGCAAAGAAUAUCUCAAAAACCUACCUUUGCUAUCCAAACACUGUGGGUAUCAGGAAGACAAUAUCCCUCAACUGGAAGAUGUCUCACGCUUCUUAAAAGAGCGCACAGGUUUUUCCAUUCGUCCAGUUGCUGGCUACUUAUCUCCAAGGGACUUCUUAGCAGGUUUAGCAUUCCGUGUUUUUCACUGCACUCAGUAUGUGAGACAUAGUUCGGACCCUCUCUACACUCCAGAACCGGAUACCUGCCAUGAACUCUUGGGUCAUGUCCCUCUUCUGGCUGAACCUAGCUUUGCUCAGUUCUCCCAGGAAAUUGGCUUGGCAUCCCUUGGAGCUUCAGAUGAGGCUGUGCAAAAGCUGGCUACGUGCUACUUUUUCACUGUGGAAUUUGGUUUAUGUAAACAAGGAGGACAACUGAGAGUUUAUGGUGCUGGCCUACUCUCUUCCAUCAGUGAACUCAAACAUGCACUCUCUGGACAAGCCAAGGUGAAGCCCUUCGAUCCUAAGAUCACCUGCAAGCAGGAGUGUCUCAUUACCACUUUCCAGGAAGUCUACUUUGUUUCCGAAAGCUUUGAAGAGGCAAAGGAGAAGAUGAGAGAAUUUGCAAAAACUAUCAAGCGCCCUUUUGGUGUGAAGUACAACCCAUACACACAAAGUAUUCAGAUCCUGAGGGAUACCAAGAGCAUUGCCAGCGUGGUCAAUGAACUUCGACAUGAACUUGACAUUGUCAGUGAUGCCCUCACUAAAAUGGGCAGACAUUUGGGUGUCUAAAGCUAGAACAAUAUUCCUUAUCUACUCAAGUGUGAUUGGUUCUAGGUAGAAUUGGACUAUUCCGAGGACAUUUGGAUAUUUCCAUAGAUGGGAUAGCUCAUGGCAUUAUUUUUUUCAAGAGUUCAGUGAUGGUGGAACUAUCUGGUUACCAAACAUACUUGUUAACCUCAAUGUUGUCACAAAAUGUCAUUAAUCAUUCCCUGGAAAUUUUUAUGUAAAAGCUCUACCUACUUCAUUUGUGUGGAUUUGUCUGGCUCCCUAGGCAUAAGUAGUUGAAUCCUAGUUCUAGGAAUAGGAAAAGGGAUGUUUUCUCUACAAAAUAAUUUUUCUCCUUUAAGUAAAGUAAUGAGGUUUUCUGUA